UUUUAGCCACUCCUCCCACUCUUUCCCUCUCUCUCUCUCACCCCCACAACCUUUUUGUGCACAUCCUGAAGAACACCAGAAUCAUUCUAUUGCUGAUCAGCUAUGUUUCUCAGUCCAUUACACUGUGCUUCUCACCUGAAAGCUACAACUACUGCUACUUCUCCAACUCCAUCUUGUUCCCUUCUCUCUACUUGUAUCUCUUCUUCCUCUUUCCAAUCUUCUACUUCCCUCUCUUUUGCUUCCUCUAUCUCCUCCUCCUCCCUGUCGACUUCUCUUCUUCGCCGCCAUCUUUGUGUUAGCCAAGAAUGUCCUGCUAAGAAACGCAUCCAAUGUAAGAAGUUGCAGGUGAGUUGCACCAUCAAUGAGCCUCUUAAGGUCAUGAUUUCAGGGGCACCGGCUUCUGGGAAAGGAACUCAAUGUGAAAUGAUCGUCCAAAAGUUUGGAUUGGUUCACAUAUCAACUGGAGACCUUCUGAGGGCAGAAGUGGCAGCUGAGACAGAGAUUGGGAUCAAAGCAAAAGAGUACAUGAACACAGGCCGUUUAGUGCCUGAUGAAAUUGUGACAGCUAUGGUCAGAGCACGACUUUCCCUCCAAGAUGCGAAGGAGAAAGGUUGGCUUCUCGAUGGAUAUCCACGAACUUCAGCACAAGCUCAGAGUCUUGAAGACUUGGGGAUCAGACCAGAUGUUUAUAUUGUGCUAGAGGUUCCUGAUGAAAUUCUGAUCAACAGAUGUGUUGGCAGACGGCUUGAUCCAAUGACAGGGAAGAUUUACCACAUCAAAAACUUUCCUCCUGAGACGGAAGAAAUUAAAUCAAGACUCGUCACUCGCCCUGAUGACACUGAGGAAAAGGUAAUCUCUCGUUUGGAGAUAUACAAGAAAAAUGUGGAGGAGGUCUUAGCAACAUAUAUGAAAAUAACGAACAAGAUUGAUGGGAAUCGCCCAAAAGAAGUGGUUUUUGAAGAAAUAAAAUCUUCACUGAACCAAGUGCAGGAUGAGAAACAGAAGGCAGCCACCACAGAAAACGCAGUAAGUAAGAGCAGCAGUUCUAAUUUUGCUUCUUCAACCAAGGAUAAAUGGAGAGGGAUUCCUACAAAGUUAAAUAACAUUCCACAUUCUAGGGAAAUCAGGGAGUAUUUCUAUGAUGAUGUACUGCAAGCUACACUGAGAGCUGUAAUUGAUGGGAAAACGAGGCUGAAGGUGGAGAUCAGUAUUCCUGAGCUGGACCCAUCUACGGAUGUCUAUAGAAUCGGGACUCUGAUGGAACUUGUUCGAGUCAUAGCUCUUACAUUUGCUGAUGAUGGAAAACGUGUGAAGGUUUGUGUCCAAGGAUCCAUGGGUGAAGGUGCACUAGCAGGAAUGCCGUUACAAUUGGCUGGCACUCGAAAAAUUUUAGAGUUCAUGGACUGGGGUGAUUAUGAGGCCAAAGGGACUUUCAUCAAUAUAGGCUCCAUUGGUGGCGAUGAGGUUGAUGAGCAGGAUGACAUGUUUAUUCUAGUGGCUCCACAGAAUGCUUUUGGAAAUUGUAUUAUUGAUGAUCUUAGAGCUAUGACUGAAGCUGCUGGGAAGCGUCCAGUUAUUCUCAUUAAUCCUCGACUUAAGGACUUGCCUGGCUCAGGUGGCGUUAUGCAGACAAUGGGUCGUGACAAGCGUUUGGAGUAUGCUGCAUCAUUUGAGGACUGCUACUCCUUUCGGCUUCUCUAUUAUGCAGGAACUCAGUAUCCGAUCAUGGGAGCUCUCAGAAUGUGUUAUCCCUUUCCAUAUGAAGUAUACAAGAGGGUAGAUGAAGCUCCUAGAAAUGAGAAGUAUGUCAUGUUGUCCACAUUCGACAAGAAGCCAACUUCUGACGAUAUUAACAAUGCAUUCCUAGGAAAGCCAAGAGAAGCGAAGGAUACGUCUGGUUUUUGGGGAUUCUUGAGUGGCAUUCUGAGUUAAAGUUCGAACGAGGUUAACAAGACAAUCUGUUUCCUUCCGUUGAGUGACUUGAGUCUAUGUUAUGCAAGAUUGCAGAUUGUGUGAAUUGCUUCUUUUAUUCUUGAACUGAAGGCAUAAUUGUACAGUUGACACACUUUUUUUUGCCUCUUAUAGAUUUCUUAUCUACAGUUUUGUGAGCUGUUGUAAAUUAACUGUGAUUAACAUGCCUUGUAGCAACUUUAUCAUAAUCAAAUUUGUCUAUAUCAUAGAA